UGCAAAGUUACUGGCAAAUGCGGCUCUGUAUCAGUGCGUUUGAUUCCUGCUCCACGUGGUACCGGUAUUGUAUCUGCUCCAGUACCUAAGAAGUUGCUUAUGAUGGCUGGUAUUGAAGAUUGCUAUACAUCAGCUCGUGGUUCAACUGGUACUUUGGGCAAUUUCGCCAAGGCUACCUAUGCAGCUAUUGCUAAGACCUACGCAUACUUGACACCUGAUUUAUGGAAAGAGAUGCCAUUGGGCGCUACUCCUUAUCAGGAAUUUGCUGAUUUCUUAGCUGAGAAACCAGGCAGUGGUGUACGUCACCAUGUAGAAGCCUAAACAAUUACAAAUUUAUCUUCUAAUAAAUAAAUUUGGUUAAUCAAAAAUU